AUGGCCGACAUUGAGUCAGAUAGAAAACCAUCACCUUGUACUCAAUUGCCAAUUCUGUAUAGUAGCUACGCAUCAGAUACUUCAUGGCGAGUCAGAAUUGCAUUGGCAUGGAAAGGCGUGGAAUAUGAAACUCGCUACGUUGAUAUGGAUGCUGGUGAACAUCUGUCUGAAGAGUAUGUGCUGCUCAAUCCAUGCAAAAAACUACCUUGUUUUAUCACUAAAACCGGCAAAAUCUUGACUCAAAGUCUAGCCAUUAUUGAAUAUCUUGAGGCCAUGUAUCCAGAGAGACCAAUGAUGCCGAAAGGGCCAUUUCACAAAGCAGAAGCAUUUUCGAUAGCCUUGGAAAUUGCUUGCGACAUUCAGCCAUUGCAAGCCAAAAAAGUGCUGAGGCUGGUUGAUGUUGAAUUGGCCAAACGAGAGGAAUAUGCUCGCAAGAUAUUCGAAAUGGGGUUUGAAGGUUUAGAGAAACGUUUGGAAAACCUGUCUGGUACAUACUGCGUAGCCGACCAGAUCUCUAUUGCGGAUUUCUGCCUAGUGCCAAUGGUAUUUGCUGCCACCAAGUUUCAUCAGGUGGACAUGAAGCCGUUUCCUUACAUCACAAGGAUCAGAAACACGUUAAUGACAUUACCCGAAUUUAGAAUAUCGCAUCCUUAUAACCAGCCCGAUUGUCCUGCAACUAUGAAGGGUAUUGUACAGUAA